AUGUCUGCCUACUUUUACAACCACCAGCAACACCAGCAACACCCUCACCAUGGUGCUCAUAUGCAAUCCGCAACGAAUACCCACCACGGGCGCUCUCGUCGUGCCCCGAAGAUGGCUCAAAAUGCGCAGCGUCAGUUCCGAGGAGUGAAAAGCAUGCGGGAAUUGGCGGAAGCCCCGGCCGUGACGGCGUUCCGUGCAAGAUUCGAGGCUGGUCGGUCCUUCGAUUUGGAUGACGACCUCGAAUUCUGCCCGGGUCUCCUGACUGAGGACGAUCUGCAAUCCAUCCACUCCGCCUCCGACCGCUCGUCCCUUUCCAGUGGUUCGCCGGACACCUCGCCUCUGCAGCACCAAAUUCAACCGGUGCAGCAGGUGACUCCGUCCAUCUCUUUGUCUCCCGCCCAGACCAACUCAUACGUUCACCCUGGUGUUGCCGGCAACCCUAAUCAUGUCAACUACCAGCAGCCUGCGAACCGGACUCGCAAGGUUAUCCCGAUCAUCAACCCCUCGACCGGAAUGACCCUCGCAAGCCCGCCUUCAUCGAUUUCGCCCGCGAUGAUGCAGACUGCUCAACGUCGAUGGUAA